CAACAUCAUUACUAUGGACCCUAGCUGCCGGCACAGAAGAGCCUAGCAGAUCAAUAAAGGCUACCCGAAGAUAGGACAAGCCAACAUAUGCGGCCAGGUAGUGACCAGUCUCUUGACCCGUGGGGAGACGAGUCACAGCCGUAGGGAAGAACUGCUCCAGAGAAUUUGCCGCAACGUCCUUGAAAGUCUUUGAGAAUCGGUAUGCAAGGUCGUAUACCGUUCUAUCAUCAAGGAUCAGGGGCUUUAAAAAGUCGAUUAUGCUGGCAUCCUCGCCACCGUCGCUGUCGCCUUCAAUAUCUGCGGCGGAGGCAACGAUCUCCAUGAUGGGUAUCAUCGACGGGGCCUCUCCGUCAUACGAACUUGACGGUACAGAAGAAGUAGUCAUCCUGUCCCUAGGUGUAUAUUAGCUAGUAUCAGUGAACAGUCAGGUCCUGGGCUUGUUACAUCUCGAGAUAAGUCCCGGCCAUCUUUGUUCAAAAGCUAUGCAGGGCUCAGAUCUAUAAGAGUUGGCUGUUUCGGGCUGCCAGGGAUAUAUCUAUGAACCACCACCGUCAAACUUAUCCGUCAACCCAGCCUAUAGCCUCGAUGUCCCACCGAUCUAAGCAUCAGCCAGGCUAUUCAUAGGCUGUCAACUAGUCUUUCUGUGAUGCCUUUUCCAUUCGUUGCUUCAUCGUCGUCGGCUGGCUUCGAGAUGGAUCUGAGUAAUCUUCACGUGACCACCUCUUGCUGGAGGCGUGAAAAGUCCAUCUAAGAAGUAGAAAAGGGACGAAGACGACGAAGUGAAGACGAGGAAGUGAAGGAGAAGAAAGCAACCUGCAUAGAGCAUCCUAACAGAAGCCCAAAGAGACGUCCCAGCGAGCUCCUCGUCUUGUCGUAUAGGUGAGUUUCUCCCCCGGCUCGCGUCUGCGUCUACUUGGUCCACACCACAGGCUCCGGCAUACAUCUGGCACCACCACAGCUUUCCGCCGUACCUCCACGCACAGCGACCCUUGGCUAUAUCCUAUCUCUACCGGCUCCAUCUCUGCCAUCCCCGGCACAUCUCUACGUAUGCUCUCUCGCAAUGGUGCUAACUUCUGGAAAGAAGGGCAGUCCGCUGCACCCGGCCAUGCGGUGAGCAUGGCGGACCCUACAGACCUAAAUCUCGAUGCACCAAGCGACCUGCAAGAUAUCCCCGAUCUAUCCCCAGUAGACGACCUCGUUCCGCCACCUGAGGGCACGUAUCCUGAUAAAGCAUCGUUAAUUGCAUCGGUCCAUGCUCACGCAAAAGCUCACGGAUACAAUGUUGUGGUCAAGUCAUCGAGCACGCCCACCGAGAAGAAGCCAGGGCGGACCGCGAAGGUUUGGCUGAGAUGCGAUCGCGGAGGGCAGUACAGGCCCCGAAAUGGGCUGACAGAGGAGACUCGUAAGCGGAAACGAACGUCGAGGUUGAUGGACUGCCCAUUCAUGCUAGUGGCGGCUGGCAACCCGGGCAUCUGGACGCUUACUGUGUUGAAUCCGUCUCAUAACCAUGGAGCUAUAGUGGAUAAACCGCGCCAGACGCCUCACCACCGUGUCAAAAAAGGCCAGGUCACUGCUGUACCCUACGACUGGCCUCAUGAUGCUACUUUUACCCCCUUCACCACGGCUCUGGUAGUCGUGGACAUGCAGCGGGAUGUAUGCUCGCAAGAAGGAUACAUGGCGUAUCAAGGCUAUGAUGUCACUCCUGCAAUGGCUCUAAUUCCUAAAAUCAGACGGCUGCUAGACGCUUUCCGCGCAGCGGGUUUCCCAGUUUACCAUACUCGCGAAGGCCAUAGGCCGGAUUUGUCUACCCUCUCUACUCGAGAGAACUUCCGCUCCCACAACAAUCCCACAGCCACGGGGAUCGGGUCCACAGGUCCACUAGGACGUUUUCUCAUACGCGGUGAGCCGGGCCAUGAUAUUGUCCCAGACCUCUACCCACUGGAGGGAGAACCUGUUAUCGAUAAGCCAGGUCGUGGCGCCUUUGCGCACACGGACUUUGAACUCUUGCUACGUAACAAAGGUAUCAAGAACCUUGUCGUUGUCGGUAUGACAACAGACGGAGCCGUAGCAAGCACUUUGCGAGAAGGCUGUGAUAAGGGAUUCGACUGCUUGCUACUGGAAGAUGGUGCAGUAGCACUCGAUCAUACUCUUCACCUCGGUGCUUGCAACAGUGUGAAAAUGGAAGGUGGCUUACUCGGUGCUACGUCACGUAUAGAUGACCUCGUUCAUGCUGUGGAUAAUUUCAAGAACCUCCUGGUGAAGAAGAUGGCGCCACAGAUGAUGGUAUCCUGA